UUCAUACCCUCUCCAAGAUAGAGAAGUCUCCGAGCAAGAGCGCUAAUCAACCAGCUAGCUAGGUAGCCGAGGAAGAUGAACGGGCAAGGUUCAGCUCUAACGUGCACCGUGGGUGUCGCAGUUCUAACCUGCGCACUGACACUCUCUGUAGCUCUCCAUGAUACCCCGCAAAACUCAAAUAUAUUCCAAGUCACGGCCAGAAAAUUCUUGGAUAACGAUUUGCUGGGCACCGAGAGGAACUUCAAGAUUUUCAUGGAGACGUACGGGAAGAGGUAUGCCACGAGGGAGGAGUAUCUGCACCGCCUUGGGAUAUUCGGCAAGAACAUGAUCAGGGCCGCCCAGCACCAGGCGCUCGAUCCCACUGCUGUCCACGGGGUCACGCCGUUCUCCGACCUAUCCGAGGAGGAGUUCGAGCGGUUGUACACCGGCGUUAGAGGUGGGCCCCACACUAACGUGUUUAGGGAGAGUGUAUCUUUGCCGGAGGAGGAGGUUCGCGGUUUGCCGGAGAGCUUUGAUUGGAGAGAGCAGGGAGCUGUUACAGAGGUCAAGAUGCAGGGUUUGUGUGGAUCAUGCUGGGCUUUCAGCACAACAGGAGCUGUGGAAGGAGCCAAUUUCAUAGCAACCGGGAAGCUUCUCAAUCUCAGUGAACAACAGCUUGUUGAUUGCGACCACACGUGCGAUGCAACGGAGAAGACUGCAUGUGACAAUGGAUGCAGAGGAGGCCUGAUGACGAAUGCAUACAAAUAUUUGAUGGAGGCAGGAGGGUUAGAGGAGGAGACUUCAUACCCCUAUACCGGGAAACGGGGUGAAUGCAUGUUUAAGUUAGAGAAAAUGGCCGUCAAAGUUGUCAAUUUCACCACCAUCCCUAUCGAUGAGAAUCAAAUUGCAGCAUACCUAGUCAACCACGGUCCUCUUGCAGUUGGGUUGAACGCGGUGUUCAUGCAAACGUACAUCGGUGGUGUCUCAUGCCCGCUUAUUUGUGGCAAGAAAUGGGUGAAUCACGGUGUAUUACUCGUGGGGUAUGGUGCAAAGGGAUUCUCCAUUCUCAGAUUCGGCAACAGGCCGUAUUGGACCAUCAAGAAUUCUUGGGGCAAGAAAUGGGGCGAAAAUGGCUAUUAUCGCCUUUGCCGGGGCCAUGGUAUGUGUGGAAUGAACACAAUGGUCUCAGCAGUGACCACUCAAGUUUCCUAAAACAAGCUUUCUAUACACUAGUACUCCUGCUUGCUCCUUAUUGGAAGAUCAGGAUUAAGUAUAAAUGUAACUGCAUAUAUAUAUAGAGGUAUUCUGCAAAUGCAUAAAUUUGUGUAUAUUACUUUUUAUCAACUUCUGAACCAACAGCUCGAUUUGUAUUAUGUUGGGGACAUAUUUUUAGAUGAAACUAAACGAACAUGUUUUGUAUUA